AGGGUACAGGCCCGAGCAGACAGCUUGGAGCCUGACUGUCAUCGUGGUGCCGCGGCUCGAUUUGAUAUUUGCGGGGAGACCUGUUCCGAAUCAAAUUCACUAUGGGUCAUACUAAUUUGGAAAAUAUUGUUGAUCUGCAAAAGAAUACAGCCAACAUUCGCAAUAUCUGUAUUGUGGCUCAUGUGGACCAUGGAAAAACCACAUUAGCUGAUAGCCUUAUUGCUAGCAAUGGGAUAAUUUCUAAUCGACUUGCAGGAAAGUUGCGGUACAUGGACAGCCGAGAAGAUGAGCAACUCCGUGGAAUCACGAUGAAAUCCAGUUCCAUAUCACUACAUUUCACUGCAAAUAAUCAAGAAUACCUCAUUAACAUGAUAGAUUCUCCUGGCCAUGUGGAUUUUUCCUCUGAAGUAUCGACUGCUGUGCGUGUAUGUGAUGGUGCUGUUGUGGUGGUCGAUGUUGUUGAAGGUGUUUGUCCUCAGACGCAAGCAGUGUUACGCCAGGCCUGGUUGGAAAAUAUUCGCCCAGUUUUAGUCAUUAACAAAAUAGAUCGACUAAUAAUGGAGCUAAAAUUGACUCCACUUGAAGCUUACAUUCACUUACAGAAGAUUCUAGAACAGGUAAAUGCAGUGACUGGGAGUCUGUUUACUUCAAAAGUGUUGGAAGAGAGAGCAGAGAUGGAAGAAACAGAAAAACCUAGUUCAGACACCAAGAGCAGUGAACAUUUCUAUGACUGGAGUGCCGGCCUGGAAGAAACAGAUGAUUCGCAUCUCUACUUUGCCCCCGACCAGGGAAAUGUGGUGUUUGGAAGUGCUAUUGAUGGUUGGGGCUUCAGAAUUGAACAGUUUGCCCAGAUGUACAGCCAGAAAGUGGGUAUUAGUGCACAAGUGUUGCUGAAAACUCUUUGGGGUGACUUUUAUCUGAACACAAAGGCAAAGAAGAUAAUGAAAGGAGCACAGUCGAAAGGAAAAAAGCCCCUCUUUGUACAGUUAGUGUUGGAAAACAUCUGGAGUCUGUAUGAGUCUGUAGUUGUCAGAAGGGACAAAGAGAAGAUUGAUAAGAUCGUAAGUUCGUUGGGUCUAACCAUCCUACCUCGUGAUUCACGCCAUACAGAUCCUAAAGUACACCUUAAUGCCAUUUGUACUCAAUGGCUUCCUAUCUCCCAUGCUGUGUUGUCAAUGGUGUGCAACAAGCUCCCCAGCCCUUUGGAUAUUGCUGCAGAGCGGGUUGAAAAGCUCAUGUGUGUUCGAAGCAGAAGAUUUGAUUCACUGCCUCCCCAAAUCCAAGCCCUCAAACAAGCCUUCCUUGAAUGCAAGAGUGAUGAGACAGCCCCAGUGAUUGUGUUUAUUUGCAAGAUGUUUGCUGUUGAUUCCAAGACUUUGCCCCAAAAUAAGUUAAGACCCUUGAGUCAAGCAGAGAUAGCUCAGCGGCGGGAGCAGGCCAGAAAAAGGCAUGCAGAAAAGCUUAUAAAUCAGAUGCAGAUGUUGGAACAAAACCCACCUGAGAAGACUCUUGAGAUCUCCCCAGGGAGUGCAAGUGUAAAAGACAUGCAUGCAGAGAGUCCGAUGGAGCUGGCAGAGCUGGCUACUUGCAGGGAGGAAAGUCAACAGAAAGAGUGCUUCGUUGCAUUUGCUAGAGUAUAUAGUGGAACAAUUCGUAGAGGGCAGAAAUUGUUUGUGCUAGGACCAAAGUACGACCCUUCUGAAGCUUUAACCAAGAUGCCAGAAGGAUGCUCACUGAAUGAUGACCUGUCAAUCCCACACUUGGCUUGUUGUACAGUGGAGGACUUGUUCCUGCUCAUGGGAAAGGAAUUGGAGAAUGUAGAAGAGGUACCUGUUGGCAAUGUGCUAGGUAUUGGAGGCCUAGAAGAUUACGUCUUAAAAUCUGCUACGUUGUCAACUUCACCUCUGUGUCCACCUUUCACACCUCUGAACUUUGAGGCCACGCCUAUUGUACGGGUUGCUGUUGAACCCAAACAUCCAAGUGAAAUGCCACAGCUGGUGAAAGGGAUGAAGCUGCUUAACCAGGCUGAUCCGUGUGUGGAAGUGUUAGUCCAGGAGACAGGAGAGCACGUAUUAAUAACUGCUGGAGAGGUACACCUGCAGCGCUGCUUGGAUGACCUCAGAGAAAGGUUUGCAAAGGUUGAGAUCAGUUCAUCAGCACCAAUCGUUCCUUUUAGGGAGACUAUCAUUCGGCCACCAAAGGUAGACAUGGUGAAUGAAGACAUAGGGACACAACAAAAGAUUGCCGUCAUUCACCAAAAGAAGGAAGACCAGAAUAAAUACCCUGAAGGUGUCAUUGUGGAUUCUGAUGGUCUUGUCACCUUGAAUACACCUAAUAAACUGUCCAAUCUCAGUGUGAGAGCCAUGCCACUUCCUGAAACAGUGACACAGUUACUGGAAGAAAACAGUGAUCUAAUUCGUACAAUAGAGCAAUUCAAUCUAUCAGUAAAAGAAGGCAGAGGCACUCAGGAGAUCAAUCCAACAACACUUGAGGCCAUCCAAAAUUUCAAACAAAAGCUGGAGGAGAAUUUUGUUGGCCGAAAAUGGAGAAAUGCUGUGAACCAAAUUUCGUCAUUUGGACCACGCCGUUGUGGCCCUAAUAUUUUACUAAAUAGAUUGGAAAGUUAUAGACCAUCAAUGUGGCAGUGUCUUGAUAAAACCAGGAAAGACUUGGGGACAUACAAGGAUUUUGACAACAGUAUAAUCAGUGGAUUUCAACUGGCGACUCUGUCAGGUCCUGUGUGUGAAGAACCUCUUAUGGGUGUUUGCUUCAUUUUAGAGAAAUGGGACAUGAGUAAAGUGCAGCAGCUGGUUCAAAUACACAGCCAACCUUUCACAGAGGGGCAAACAGCAAAGGUUGAGGAGUUCCAGCAGCAAGUAACGUCAAAUGAAAAUAGCCUUUCUGAAUUAGAGACGAGAUUGGAAAACCAAGCAAGACCAGGUGACCAGAUUCAGGACAGUCGGACUCCAGCAGAGAGUGUGGCAGAUGGCCAUUGUAACUCUGAGGCUGUGCUUACAGAUUGCUAUGGCCCUUUCUCAGGCCAGCUCAUUGCCACGAUGAAAGAAGCUUGUCGUUUUGCAUUCCAGGCACAACCUCAACGGCUCAUGGCAGCGAUGUACACAUGUGAGAUUAUGGCAACUGCAGAAGUAUUAGGUCGGGUCUAUGCAGUCUUAUCGAAGCGCACAGGGCGGGUGUUGCAAGAGGAGAUGAAAGAAGGGACAGAAAUGUUCAUCAUUAAGGCCAUUUUGCCAGUCGCCGAGAGCUUUGGCUUUGCUGAUGAAAUCCGGAAGCGGACAAGUGGCCUAGCCAGCCCACAGCUGGUGUUCAGUCACUGGGAGGUGAUUCCCAGCGACCCCUACUGGGUUCCUACAACAGAAGAAGAGUACUUGCAUUUUGGAGAGAAGGCUGAUACAGUAAACCAGGCAAACAAAUACAUGAACACUGUGCGCAAGCGGAAGGGGCUGUACGUGGAGGAAAAGAUUGUUGAGCAUGCUGAGAAGCAGAGAACCCUCAGCAAAAAUAAAUAACUGCUCAGAAUAUAAACUUUUCCAAGAGUGCUCAUUUGUGUGUGAACAAUGCACAGACAGUUAAAGAUAAAAUCAAAAACUUCCAUAUUGAAAGUUGGUAAUAUCCUUAAAAUUGAUUACUUUCAAACUCCAAUCAGCUCUUCUCUAACAAAAUACCAGCAGCCAAAGUUGCAGACUGACUAAAACACAAUAUUUAUAUGAUAGGCUUUUUAAUGAAUGAAAACUAUCACAGUUUCUUCAGACUGAAAUGAAUGUGAGAAAUGAACUCAGGCAUUUGUGAGGUACCUGUGAAGUCUGUAGAUAUUUGCAAUGACGUUGAUUUGCUCUUUUUUUGAAUUAUUUUCAAUGAACUGAAGGAAGGGGCUCUCCUAAUCCUGUCCAACUCAAGUUUGAGAUUUUCACUUACAAAAGCACCCUGUGGCCCAGGCUCAGUGUAAAUUCUAAUUUUUAUUCAAAACAGUAAUUAAUGUACAUUUUGAAUUAACGCUGUGGGAAGAAAUAGAGAAAGUGGUUUUGCUGUACCAUACUACGUUGAGUUUAUAUUGGAGGUGUCACACUGUGAUGAGGUUGACAUGCUAUUGAGCACAAACAGUGUUGUUCUGAUUGCUCCAUUAGACUCAGUUGCUUACAAAAAGAUUUUAACCCCGCUAAGGCUCUCUGGAUGUUUUUGCCUGCUAUCAAUACUGCAGUCUCAUAAUAUGUUACAUUUUUAUCUCUCUCUAAUGUUAUCAUUGAUUUUGGUCAUGGUGAGUGAGGGAAAAUGAAAAGUAACUCAAAAGAAAUAAGUUAUUAUAAAACCUCCCUCCCCCCUCGGAAAAGCCCCAUUUUUGGAUGUAUUUGGUUGAAAUUUCAACUUGUUUCCUUGCAUUUUCCUGCCUUUUCCAAAGCACAUGCUGACAGAAGAAAACGAGGGUCCAAAAUGGUUUUGACUUCACUUGUUCAGGAUCACCUGGAAGCUAUACAGUCCGUUGCUGAUGGUGAGUGUUGUGCACAAAAACAAUUUGAGUUAUCCAAAAUGAGUAAUACAAAUAAUACAAGAAAUUGGGAAUAUUAAUUAAAAGCUCUCAAAUUAUUUGAAUACAGAUAGAUGCUAAUUGCCUCCAUACAAACCAAAUUACUGUAGAUUCUGUAAUCUGAAAUGAAAACAAAAUGCUGGAAACACUCAGCAAGUCUGGUAGCAGCUGUAGAGAAAGAAGCAGAGUUAAUGUUUCAGGUCAAUGACUUUUUAUCAGAACAGGCCAGGAAAAUUGGCGCCUUUUCUCUCUCCACAAAUGCUGCCAGACAUUUCAAACACAUCCAGCAAUAUUUGCAAUGAUCUCAUGCCUGCAAUCAUUGACAGCCAUGUAACAUUAGCUCUGAUCGAUUAUUUGUGAUGCUGAAAACGUUUCAGUUCCUGCUGCAUUGUAUCAUCUAAUUAAACAUUGAUCCUGUGAGCGAUAUGCUACUUAAGGUCCUAUGUUAAGGCCAUCAUUUUGUACUUAGGAGCUUUUGCAUUUCUCUCGAUCAGUGAUCUGGUAAAAAGCAACUAGCUUCACAAUCUCUGUGCACUUUUCACUUACUGAAUCGGGUUCAUUUCCCCCUUGCCAAUUGAUGAGUCUGCAACGUGGGGAGGAGGAUUACAAGUCAUAGGAAACACUUCAUUCAUUAAUUUUUAAAUAUUCAAAAUGUGUUUGCAUUAAAAGAACGAACUAGGCUGUGAAUGCAGGAGUUAAACAGACAGGUGUUUAAUUUUGUUUGUGAAAUGCUGCAUUAAUAAAGUUUUAUUUUAUAUCA